GGGUUGUUUGCCGUGGAGCCCAUCGAGCCAUCCGAGUUCGUCAUCGAGUACUGCGGCCAGCUCAUCCGUAAACCGUUGGACGAUGUACGGCAGCGGCAGUACGACGCGGCCGGCUACGCUGACUAUAUGUUUGCUGUGGACGACAACUGGGUUGUUGAUGCUACGCUGGCAGGCAACGCCGCGCGCUUCAUCAAUCACUGCUGCGACCCGAACUGCGUGGCUCGAAUAGUGGAGGUGGGCGGUGAGAAGCGCAUAGCCAUCUACACACUGCGUCGCGUCGAGGCUGGCGAGGAGCUCCACUACGACUACAAGCUGUCCAGUGUACCCGGUGCGGAACGGAUACCUUGCGGCUGCGGUGCACGGAACUGCAAGGGCUUCAUGAACUGA